UCGAAUAAGAAAAGAAAAAACAAUGAUAACAUAUGAAUGACCUGAUAUGACAAUGUGAUGAAUUCAGUCAGUGAAAGUAUGUCAAACAGUAUGUAUGAUCUUUCACAAAUCACAUCGAUACCAGAGUGAAGAACAAAUGAAGCAACGCAGAAGCGUGUAAUUGAUUAAAUAUUUAAAUGAUGCAGACUUUCGUUUGUGUGGCAUUAUUAUGCGUUGCAGCGAGUGCAUAUCCAUCUGAUGAUAGUGUAAAAAAUAAAGCCGACAGCGAUAGACCCAAAUUGGAUUGGUGGGAAAAUGGUGUGUUUUAUCAAAUUUAUCCGCGGUCGUUUAAAGACAGUGACGGCGAUGGUAUUGGGGAUAUUCGUGGUAUCAUUCAAGGAUUGGAUUACUUGCAAGAAUUGGGCAUUGACUGCGCUUGGCUAUCGCCGAUUUUUAAAAGCCCUAUGGUAGAUUUUGGUUAUGAUAUUGAAGAUUUCUAUGCAAUCGAUCCAAUGUUUGGGACUAUCGAAGAUUUAGAAGAGCUAUUCGUUGAGGCCAAAAAGCGAAAUAUUAAAAUUAUUUUGGAUUUCGUGCCAAAUCACACUUCCGAUAAAUGUGAAUGGUUUAAAAAGUCAGUGAAACGUGAACCUGGUUACGAAAACUUUUACAUUUGGGCCGAUGGAAAAAACAAUAACAAAGAUCCACCAAAUAACUGGUUGUCUAUGUUCUAUGGUACCGCAUGGACAUUCAAUGAAGAGCGAAACCAGUGGUUCUAUCAUGCGUUUGCAAAAGAACAACCCGAACUAAAUUUCCGGAAUGAAGCUGUAGUUGAACGGAUGAUUGAUGUUUUAAAAUUUUGGCUUGACAAGGGUGCUGAUGGUUUUCGUAUUGAUGCACCCAACUUUUUGUAUGAAGACAAAGAUUUGCGCGACGAACCGUUGAGUAAUUUUACAACUGAUCCUAACAAUCUUUUCUACUUGACACAUGAAAACACACAAAGUUUGGAUGAAGUGUAUGACAUGUUGCAUAAAUUCCGCAAAACUCUUAAAACGUUCGAAAGUAAAAAUAAAGAUCAACUCAUUUUGAUGACUGAAGCUUAUGUGAACGCCACCGAAUAUGUAAAAUAUUUUGGAAGUGAUAAAAGAAUGGGAGUGCACAUUCCAUUCAACUUUGUUCUGAUUGAAGACAUGCACAGAAAGUCAACGCCUGAAGAUAUUAAAAAUAUUAUCGAUAAAAGAAUAGCAAGUGUACCAGCGGGCACCAGACUUAAUUGGGUCAUGGGCAACCAUGAUCGUCCACGUAUUAGUUCUCGAUAUGGCGAACAAAGAAUCGAUGGUUCUUUAACUUUGGUUAUGACAUUACCAGGCAUUGCUUGUACAUAUUAUGGCGAAGAAAUCGGAAUGGUUGAUAAUCGAACGAUUUCAUAUAAUGAAACGUUGGAUCCACAGGCAUGCAAUUUCAAACCAAAUGCAACAAAUUGGAUGGACCAGUCACGUGAUCCACAGCGUACGCCAUUUCAAUGGGAUGGUACAAAAAAAUUUGCUGGUUUUAUGCCAGAGAAUGCAACCAGUAAACCAUGGUUGCCAAUCAACCAGAACUAUAAAGAGUUGAACGUGGAAAUACAACGGAAAAUACCACGCAGUACAUUGAACUUCUACAAACAAUUGAUACAAAUUCGUAAGAGAGACACGUUUGCAUACGGUUCAUACACCUCGCAAGUUUUCAACGAAAAUGUUUUCGCAUACGUAAGAGAGCUUGAAAAUGACGACACUUAUUGGGUUCUUAUCAAUUUUCGAAACAACGAAGAGCGAAUAGAUUUAACUACAAGUAGUCUUGGGAAAAAUAUGCCAGAAGAAUUUGAGCUUGCUCUUGUUGGAACUAAUUCACACUACGUCGAAGGAGCAAACGUGAAUGCGAAUGAAAUUGUUUUGAGGAGAUAUGAUGUAAUCAUUUUGAAAGAAGCUUCAUCAUAAAUAUCGCAAUAUGAAAUGUUGGACGUGUGCAAUAAUUGCUCCUUUCGAUUCCUAAAAUUCAAACGAUUUUUAUAAAAAAGUUCGGUUAUAAAAUCAGUCGGUCAAGGAAUGUUUGAAAUUAUUAUCGAUAUUUACUUAUAGGAAUAUAAAUAAGUUUUACACCUUUCAUGUUAAGUCCAAAUUUAAAUGUAAACGUGAAUAUCAAUCAUUAAAUAAAUAAAUAAAGCACAAUUUUCAAAAAA